UAAAGGUGAAGGCUGGGGAAGACGCGGAUGAAGACACGUUUGCUGCGAGUUCUGGUUGGUUUCAUCGCUUCAAGAAACGUGCCAAUUUGCAAGUGUCAGGUUCUGCCCUCAGCAAACUCCGAUUCUCCUCUCCUCCAUCACCUCAGGGUAAAACGGUUUAAAUUCGCACAGUAUUUACUAGUAAAAUAUGUUUUAGCAGUAACAACACGACGGUGACUGUUGAUUUAGAAGUUUUCAAAGGACAACCCCUCAGAAUGACGCAAAUAUCGAUAGGUCGAUUUCAAUGGUAGUAUUGCAGUAUUAGCGUAGGAUCUAUACUACCGUUAUGAGGUUGACAUUUUUCAUUGUUAAAUUGUAACUUAACUUAUAUAUAUAUAUAUAGACAUAGACAUGAUCAAAAUCUUAAGAGCAGUUGAAAAAUUGCUAGAAUUUGCAUUUUGCACAUUUGGAUCUUAAUGAGGUUUUAAGUAGAGCUACAAUAUGCAAGAAGGGGAAAGAAGAAAAGGGGGAGGAGUGACACAAAAAACAUUUGGAAUUUCUAAUUUAAACAAAAAAACCCAAACUGAAAUAAGGUGUUUAUCACCAGAUCAGAAGUUUAAGAUCACAGGCAAUAAAAGCCCAAAUCUGCUCAAAAUGUUCAUUUUCUGUCAGGCAUUUACACUGUCAUGCCCUCCUGAUGGCGAAAGCUGAGAAGCUUUCUUUUUUUUGAACGUGGUCGCAUUAUCGAGCUGCAUAAGCAAGGCCUCUCGCAGCGUGCCAUUGCUGCUGAGGUUGGGUGAAGUAAGACAGUCAUUCUACAUUUUUUUAGAGAUGCUGAGUAUUAUGGAACAAAAAAGUCAAGUGGUAGAUCAAAAAAAUCACACCUGCGCUGAACCGGAGGAUCCGAUUGGCUGUCCAUCAAGACACAGGGUACCGGUAUCAGCAAUAAUGGCCCUUUAUUUACUUUGUAUCAAUCUGAUACCAAAAUUUGCAGUAUUGUAAACAGUGUAGCAUCUGCGCUUGAAUAUUAUAUGCUUGUCAACUUGACUUCUGAUUUUCAAAGCGAGUUAAUAGUAAACAAAAAUAAAAUCAUAAUUAAAUCAAGGGGGAAUUGUGACUCAAAAGACAAAGUAAAUAGAAUGUACAACCAAAGAUUAAUCUGAAUUGGCAACUGUAUGUGUUAUUUACUUUUAAGCACACAUUGUAAAGAGUGUAUUCUUAGAAGUUUUUAAAGUGUUGCCGUACAAACAUGAAAACCCCACUGCGCAUGCCCUGUUUUGAGCAGUUUGACGUAGAAUAGUAAUAUUGUAUAAUUUUACGAUUAGGAGAAGAAAAAGACCAAGGAAAUAACGCGAUGGUGGAAGAGGCGCCGUCUCGAAGUAACCACGUUUGGUCUGUCGAGGAGACGGAAUUCACUUUACAGCAGCUGAAAAAAGUCAACAUUUUAAAUGACAGGAAAGCGCACAAUGGUAAACGAUAAUGGUAAAAGAGUGGCCGUGCAGCUACAGAGACCUGGUUCUAAAUGGGAGUCCAAGGAAAUCCGUAUUCCAUCCAUCCAUUUUCUAUACCGCUUCUCCUGGAAAUCCGUAUUCAAUGGAAAUAAUUAAAACAGGCUUAUUUUCACGCCUUCGUCAACACUGUUUCUUGUCCGUAUUACGACAUAUUAGAUGAGCUGCUCGGAGGACAACAGUCAUCUGAAGACCAAAAACACAGUGUUGGCAACGACGAGGAGGCUUCUAGUUCAGUUGAUGUUCCAAAACCACUGCUGGGGGAGGUCUUACCAGGAGGACCAUAUAUUGAGAUAGUGAAAAGUCCAGACAGUUCAUUUAUGAGUGUGCCCUGCCACCCCGUCCUCUUUCUGCCGGUAACCAAGACUGAACCAGAUAGCUGCAGUGGUGAUGAGACAGACGUUAGUGACGCUCAUUUAGAAAGGGUAAGCAUUGCAACAACUGGGAGGUACAGUGCAUCUGGAAUGUACUCACAACACUGAACUUUAUUCACAUUUUGUUAUGUUAGAGCCUUUAAACAUUUGACCUGUAGUCAUGUACCCCCUACUCCUAUGUUAUUAGGUGUCAGAGCCUUGUACCAAAAUGGAAUCAACACAUCUUUUCCUCAAAAUUCUAGACACGACACCUCAUAAUGACAAUAUUAGAAUUAUUAUUUUUAAUCUUUGCCAAUUUAUUAAAGAUAAAACACUACAAGAUCACAUGGCUCUUCUCCGAUGGAUCACUCAGCUUGAAUGGCUGGACGGUUUUAGUGAAGAGUUCUGGUGGUUCUGAACUUCCAUUUACGGAUGAUGGAGUCCACUGUGCUCAUUGGGACCUUUUAAAGCCGCAGAAAUGUUUUUGUAACAGAUUUGUACCUUUAGACAAUCCUGUCUUUGUGUACAGUCAAUUCCCUUGGCCUCAUUCUUGCUUUGCGCUCUGAUAUGAACUGUCAACUGUGGAACCUUAUAUAGACUAGUGUGUGCAUUUCCAAAUCAACUGAAUUAACAACAGUUGGACUCCAAUUAAGCUGUAAAACGUCUUAGGGUUAAUUAGUUAAAACAGAAUGUACCUGAGCUGUUUUGAGCUUCGUGGCAAUAGUUGUGAAUACUUGUGUAAUACAUGUGAUUUCUUGGGUUUUUUUUGCAACCAUUUAAAAAAAAUGUUUUUGUGUCAUUAUGGGGUGUUGUGUGUAGAAUUUUGAGGAGAAAAAUGAAUUUAUACUGUACAAUAAGGCUGUAACAUAACAAAAUGUGAAGAAAAGAGAAGCACUGUGAAUACUUUUCGGAUGCGCUGUAUCUGGUAUUUAUGGUCUACUAUGACACAUUUGUUUGAUAGAAGGUGCAGAGUUCAGGUUUCCAGGCGGUGGCCCCCUCAUGUGUUUCACCUGCCCCCAGGGGUCCUGAGGUGAGGUGGAGGUGUCAACCGGUAAUGAUCAUAAAGGGUGGCGGAAAACUGAUGACUGCAAAAAGCUUAAGUUUGGACCAUGGCGGAACUUAUUCCGUCUGAAUCAAGAGGCUGUCAUUAUUUUUUCCUAUACGAUGGCUCCAAGGUAAGAGGAGAGGGUGACCCGACUAAAGAGGGGAUCUGUUACUUCUAUCCUGAAGAGACCCCAGUCGAUAAACAGGAACUACUGUGCGGACAGCUCGCUGGCGUGAGUCGUUGCAUUUCGGAGCUUUCUUCUUCUGCCGUGCGCCUGGUGAGGCUGCGUCGCAUUAAGUUCGCCAUCCACAUGCAAGAUGACUUUUUUUGGGCUCUGGGCUGCUCCAUGGACAUUCCCACUGUCAGCGUCUGCCAGCUAUUACAUAAGCUAAUAAACCUCUUUUGUUUCUACAACGGCUCUGUACGCCAGAGCUACCAGCUUCACAGUCAUGAAACCUUGGCAAGUCAGUGGUCACAGUACCUCUCACACGUGCUAGCAGGACCCUCUGAGCUUCACCAUGUCUUCAGCUCCUUGAUCACAAUCGACUCCACAAACGUCGACCCACUUCUUCUGCUCAAGGCUGCGCUUAUUCUUCAGGCCUGCCAGCGCUGCCCCCUAGUGUUAGCAGGGUGUAUUCUUUUCAGAGGAAGAGUCGUGAGCACACAGAUGCCUCCAGAUCUAACAAUGAAGGUCAUGGUUCAUGAGAGUGUAACCUACAAGACGCAGUCACCCAAAGGCCAGAGUCCACCCAGCUCAUUCGGUGAUGCGGUCAGCUCCAGGGCUGUGUUCCUCACCAUCUUUGAACUUCAGUACCUGCAGUCUGCUCCUCUUGAUGAACAUUUACGGUUGUACUCGACUCCAAUCAAAGACCACCCUCCACAUAAAAGCCGUCUCUCACGGACUUUGUCGGAUACAGCCUCUUCUGAGUCUGUGCCUUCAGACCCAACAGUGUCCCAGAAAGCACCCUGGAGUCCUCGCUCGUCCACAUCGGACGACUCCGCGCAGGCCACAGCUGAUCCGCUACUCCCCAGACCUCCUCUUUCAAAUGGAGAAGGCUCUAAUGAAGAUGAGGAAGAAGUUGUAGAGACUUUUCACAGCAGCGGGGGUCAACCAGGCGGCUCAGAGCUCAACACAACCACCCAGCUCACUGGAGUCGACGGAAGUGUGUGCUGUGGGACGGUGUUUGAUACCAGAGGGACAGAGUUCUCCAACGAGGAGUCACAGGGUAAUAUUGUGGAGGGGGUUAGGGGGAACCAGACAGCUGACCACAACCCCCUGAUCCCCAUGACGCUGUAUUUGCACCGUGUCGAAGGCCUGGUGCUGGCACUGCUGGUGGAGCCUCACUUCUUAUGUGACAAAGCUGCUAUGGAGGAAGUGUAUCACAGCUGCUUAGCAUCACUGAAUGGACUGGAGGCUCAUCUCAGAAGCAUCGUUCCUGGGGCUCCGGGCAGCACGGGACCCUACAUCUUUGCCCAUUUCGACUGCGCUCUGAGCACGCUAAGAACCAACCUGUCUGGUCAACCGGGGGGAGGCCCCGAGCGUUCUUUUGUCAAAGCCACAUCACUUCUUCACUCGCAUUUCUGUAACACUGAAACUCUGCAGGAGGCUAUUAUCAGGAACGCCACCACCGCCGUCUACGGGACCCGCAGCGUUGCCCAGGAGACGUACUUCCUGCACCACGGUGCAGCACUGAAGAACUCGGGCAUCCCCAACCACCAGGACAGCGCUUUCUCCUUGCCUGGCAAGACGCGACACAGACUACUCAAACAUGGUGUCAACCUGCUCUGACAGGACAGCACAGCCACAAGUUUGUAUCACAGGUCAGGAUGUCAAACUACUUUGUUUUCAAGCAGCUCACAGCAGUGUGUUCCAUCUUUAACAGCUUGUUUACAUUUACUAUAUACGUAUACACCUUACAAUAUGUAUAUGUAUAUACCGGGGGUAUAUACCAAACUUUUACCACAGAGGGCCACUUUGGUAUUUUCUAAACCAACACAUAUAGAUAUGCUAAGAAUAUAUAUGCUAUAUAUAUUUUCAGAAAAAACUGCAUCUCAGCUUUGUGUUGAAAUGCAGUCUAUACAUACAUCCCUCCUUUAUCUGGGCUAAUUGGUUCCGAACUCAACCGCAAUAACUGAAUUUCCGUGAAGUAGGAUUCAAUAUUAAUAAACAGAAUGUUUUUAUAGUUGGACCAUAGAAAACCUGUUUGACUUUGUAAAUACGGUUUUUACCCCGAUAGUCACCUUUACACUCCUAUUAUUCUUUGUUCACACUACAUUGUUGAACUGUAAUGUGCAGGCUUCUGGAUCACUUCAUAGAUACGAGACAGCUGCCACUUUAAACAUAGCAUGCUACCAAACUAACUAGUAAGUCUUUAAUUUAUUUAAAUUUAAUUUAUUUAAUUUGGGGAAACAUAUUGGGGAAGAAGGACAAAGUAAGAAGCUAAAAACUUACCACUUCCACACAGAAUGGGAGGAAAGCUUCUUUCCACGCUAUCAUGUCGGACAUGCCAUGGCUGCCUUCAUGCAGUGUGAAGGUAAUGUAAUUUAAUGUCAUGUGUCAUCAAUUACUGAUGGUGAAAAUGCGUAUUAUCAGUAUGAACUUUGGUCUUUGAUCUUUUUGUGUUCCCAGUUUUCUGUUGUUUUUUUAAUUUUCCAAAUAUUUCAACUUUCUUCUUAAAUAAUCUUAAAUAAUCUCUAAAUUUUCUUAAUAAUAAUAUUAUGACUUUAUUUCUAUAAUGUUUUUACUUAUUUCCCCAAAUAUUAUACCAUUUUCACCAUCCAUCCAUCUUCUAUGCCGCUCAUCUUCACUAGGGUCGCGGGUAUGCUGGAGCCUAUCCCAGCUGACUUUGCGCGAGAGGCGGGGUACACCCCGGACUGGUCGCCAGUCCAAAAAAAAAAAAACAUACAUGAGGAGAACAUGCAAACUCCACACACAGAUGCCCAACAGAGAUUUGAACCCAGAUCUUCCCAAUCUCCUGACUGUGUGGCCAACAUGCUAACCACUAGGCCACCGUGCGGUCCCAUCCUGACUUCCCCAAAAUGUAUUUUAGUUUGUUUGUUUCUUAUAUUAUGACUUUAUACUAAUUAUACUAAUUAUUUUUUGUGAUUCAUUACCGACAUGAAUAAUCAACGUAUGCCAAAUCAAACUCUUACACUAGUGCUAACCCCCCCCCACACACACAUGCAUAAAGCCUGCUGUGCUUAAAUCCAAUGCUUAAUUUCCUAGUAUUGAUUAAAUCGAUUGAUUACCUUUUUAAACGAUUUUACAUCGCUAUAUCUCGUCCUGAGAUAUUGCUAGACAGAUUGAUGUCGUGAGAUCAUAGGAAUAGAAAUCGAUGUAUCGAUGAAUGGUUACACCCUUAAUUACUAGUAUCAACAUUUCGACUUUUUUGCUCCAUUCCUUUCCAUUUUUGUUGUUUGUAGUUUUCUUGUUUUCUUGUAUUUUUUAGAAUGUGCUGCAUAGGGCCCCCAGGCCGCACUUUGGACACCCUUGCAAUCCAGUCACCCCUGUCAACACCCGCCGUAACACAUCCUGUAGACAGUAAUGUCAGGCCUUCAAAAUAAUAGCGCACCACCACUCUCCACUGAAAAAAGUUUCUUGCAUUGGGCAAAAUUGUGGUGGAAAGACCAGAAUUUCCUUCAUUUUCUGGAAAAAAAAAAAUUCCAGUACAAAUGUUGGCCGGUAUGCCUGCAACGGGUCAUAAUUUGAAGAGUUGGUGUGCUUAUUUUUACCAACGCCACACAUUUUUUCUUUGCACUCAUCUCAUCAAUGCAUCGAUGACUCAUCUGCUAGGAAAGUAAUUGUAUUUGUACAGCGAUCAUUUCAAAUGGGUUCCACAGCUUUAAAGAAAUAAAAGCAUUUUAUUUGGUGAAGUGUUUUAUUGAACAAGUCAGUGGUUUUCCAUACAGAUGACACAACGUAUAUUGAUUAUUGGUUGUUUUGUUCAUAAUAAGUAGAUAUUUACAUUUGAUCAUGCCUUAUGGAGUGUUUGUUUCAAGCCACAGGUGCAACAAGGCUUUUAUUUUUUAUUAAUACUUUGAUUACAAAUCUUUCAACAGCUUUGACACAUUGUCAUAUACUGUAUACACAUACAGUGGUGUGACAAAGCGGUUGCCCCUUUACUGAAUUCUUAUUUUACACUGUUAGGCAACAUGUAAGUGGGAUAAACAUACAAAAAAAAUAAGUAAUCAACACCGCUGUAUAUGUAAGAGCUUCGUGUGUGUGUGUGUGUGUGUGUCCCUUGCAAACAGGCCUUGUGGUUGUUGAUGCUCCAAAUAUGGAGUAAUUAGGAGUCAUUAGUUGAGUUGUGAAUGUGAAUGGUUGGUUGGGCGCUCUUUGGGGCGCCUCAUUAUGCAAGCACGUUAAAAGAACGCAACGGGGGUCCAACAAAAAGAGGGGCAGGAUUCCAAUUCUUUGUGCAAACUUUGUUCCCAUUGUGAGUGAGGAUAUAAAGCAGGCGGAGACAACCUGCCCGUUCGGGUACAGAAACACCACCAUGGCCUCUUCACGCUCCUCCUGGACUGCUGUAUUGUGUCUCAUCUCGGUGGUUUCAAGCUCCAUUGGAGUACUGGGCCGCGCACUGGACGCGCAUGGAUCCGUGGAAGCGUCUUUACGCACGGACGUGCUGAGGCACAGGGAACGCUGCGCCGAGCUGACGGCCUCAUGGCUGCAACACUCACAAGUCAACCCUCUGGAUAAGUCGACCGUGUUGCGCCUCAGCGUACGGCCGCUGUCUGCUGGGGUUUCUCGGGGCUCGGUGUUCCCAGAGAAGCCUCUUUUCAACUUCGUGCGGCGGGUCUACCGCUGCUGUCAAGACGGGCUGGAGUGCAGGAGCGUCAAAGGCCUACAGGGCAGAUUACGAGGAGGAGGUUCAGAUGUAGAGUUUCUCCUCAGCAGGGAGAUAUUAUCUUUGAGCAUAAGGAGAGCCGAGCUUCACCUGCAGCUUUCCAACACACAGCAUGUGGACAUCAACCCUGUGCUUCCAUUCAUGGCAAAGAGCAACCUUCCCACCAGGUAUAUCUCAAGGUCACACGGGGACACGGUGGAGCUGAGAGUGGAUCUGCUGUUCUUCUUCCAGAGCAUCCAAGAGGCAGCGGGUGGACCCGGAGGGGGCCGCAGCUUGGUGAACAUUCGGAAGGUGCUGCUGUCUUGGCUGCAUGAGAAGCUCAGUUCAUUUGAGCUGCAGGACAAUGGUGGAGAUGUGUGGGGGGAGUUGGGCUUGGCCUUAGGCUGCAGCCAGGCUGGAGUCGCUGUGUCUUGUGAAAGCAGCGGGGUUCAUCUCCUACACGCGCCUUUCCUGGCCCUGUACUACCUGUGACGUCUCCACUGAUGGGACACUAAAGACUAUCAUCACACGGAACUCUUCUCAGAGCCGAGAAAGAAAUGAUGCACUUCCAAAUCACAUAUAUUAACUUAUGAAUGUUAUGACUUGUAGAAAUUAUAUAAAUAUAUAUACAUAUGGAUCUUUUCUCUCAUAUUCUGUGCGUUCUGCUUUGGAAAUGAAAGCGCAAGG